GCGAGUGCAACAAACGGCUUCAAAAUUAACUACUCAAAGUAUCAUCACAACGCUAUGUCCAUUUCGGCCAUAGCCAAGCCAAUACUCUAUUCGUAUUGGCGCAGCUCCUGCUCAUGGCGAGUGCGAAUCGCGAUGAACCUCAAGGAGAUACCGUACGACAUCAAGCCCAUUAGUCUGAUCAAGUCCGGAGGAGAGCAACACUGCAAUGAGUACCGCGAGGUCAAUCCCAUGGAGCAGGUGCCAGCGCUGCAAAUCGAUGGGCACACUUUGAUAGAGUCUGUGGCAAUUAUGCAUUAUCUGGAGGAGACACGCCCACAGCGUCCGCUUUUGCCACAGGAUGUGCACAAGCGUGCAAAGGUGCGCGAAAUAAUCGAGAUCAUCUGCUCCGGCAUACAGCCGCUUCAGAAUCUAAUUGUGCUCAUUCAUGUGGGCGAGGAGAAGAAGAAGGAAUGGGCUCAGCACUGGAUCACACGUGGCUUCCGUGCCGUGGAGAAGGCACUGUCCACCUCGGCGGGCAAGUACUGUGUGGGGGACGAGAUAUCCAUGGCUGAUUGCUGCCUAGUGCCGCAGGUGUUCAACGCUCGCAGAUUCCAUGUGGACUUGCGCCCCUAUCCCAUCAUUUUGCGCAUUGAUCGUGAGCUGGAGAGCAAUCCCGCCUUCCGCGCCGCUCACCCCUCAAAUCAGCCGGACUGUCCACCGGAGCUGCCAAACAAAUAGAAUUUUCCGACGACAACUGCAAAACGCCGGAAAACCAAAAAGUGAUUUGCAGUUUCGUAACUCAAGCAACAACAAAAUUUUUAAGGAUGGGCAGAUGGAGUCGGGAGUUGGGAGUCGGGGAAGCAAACAAAUUUUGGAGCUGAUAGCUGAAGAUUUCUUUAAACGACAAACAGCAACAGUCGGAUGUGAUUUUAAAAAUUGCUAACAGCAUUUAACUAUGCAUAAAUGCAUAAAAAUAC